AUGCCUGAUUACUAUGCCUGCAAGCAAAUACAUAUAUCUUAAGAUGGAGAAAACUAAAACUCAUAGAUUUUUCAUGAAAUCGAAGUGUUGGAAAAGUUAAAGAAAUAUGAAAAUGUGAUUAAAUUACAAAAUUAUAUUAUUGAAGAAAGAGCAACGUAUCUUGUUUUAGAUUUAGCAGAAUCCACAUUAUAGGAUGAAAUAAAUAGCAAGUAGGUUAAUUCAGAAAAGUUUGAUGAGAGUGAGAUUGUGAAGUUUCUUAUCUAAAUAGGAAAAACUUUAGCAUUAAUAUACAUCGAAGAAGGGAUAGCUCAUAGAGAUAUUAAGCCUUCAAAUAUACUAAUUAAAGAUUAAAACUUUUAUUUAUCUGACUUUGGAUGUGCAGAAAAAUUAUUUGAAUCAGAAGGAGCUAGAAAAAAUUUAGUUAUGGGAACUUUGAAAUGGAUGUCACCUGAAUUAAGAGAAAUGAAGAAAAAUCAAGUAGUUGACUAUUUCAAAAGUGACAUAUUUAGCUUUGGGAUGUUGUUGCUUUACAUGCUAACUCUUUCAGACAUUUCUUCUGUAAACACUGAUGAGUUUACUAAAAACCAAAAAAUAAGAAUCAUGAAAAUUUAUUGUAAAGGUAUUUCUAAGGAAAUUAUUUUAUUGACAAGUAAAAUGUUAGAAACGAAUCCUGACAAUAGACCUGAUGCUGGAAUAAUAAUUAAUACAAUUUAAGAUAUAGAAAAUAAUUUUAAAUAAAAAAAUUAAACUAAAUAUUUAUGA